CCUCCAGCCCCAUCUGCCAGAGUUCCAGAUGGGAGAGCUCCUUCCACUGCUGAGGGGACCCCCUGCAGGGCCGCGGAAUGAACCGGGCGAGACUGGGCCACCUGGCUGUAUUUCCUAGCCCUGCCUCCAGCAGCUGGCAUGACCUUGGGUGGUCGCCCCUCCCUGUGGUCAAGCCGGCUCUGCUGAGCAAAGAAGGUCUCUGGCGGAGGCAGGUGAUGUUGGCUCGGGGCCCGCGGCUGUUGCUGGAAGGGAAGCCCCCGAGGGCAGAGGGCGGCAGGCCCGGGACGUUCCCAGCGGAGACAAGACGCCGGGAGCCAGGCGAGAGGAGGCGCUCCCAGCUCCUGCAGGAGGCGGGGCUGCCCCUUCCCUCUCCCCCUCCCCUUCCCCCUCCCGGAGGCCCCGGAGGAGCGGGAGUCCAGCGCCUUGGGUGGGGGCGGGGGGAGCGAGGCCUUCCAGGUCGGACUGAGCGGGGGCGGGAGGAGAGUGUGAGGCCCCAGCGGCUGGGCCCUCAGGGUCUGAAUUGGGCAGCAAGUGUGGUGGGGAGAAGGGCUCCCCGGUUUGGAGCUGGCGGAGAUGGGGGCUGUGUCGGCGGGUGGCCCUGGAACCCUCCGAUCUUGGCCCCGCAGCAUCUGUCCCCCAGGGAGGUCAGCAUGCGUUUGCCCUUCCCCGCGUGUGCGUCGUGGGUCCGCUCCCCCUCUGGCUCCCCGAACCCCCACUGUCCCGAGGUCCCCUCGGGAGACAGAGCCCGCGGCGGGGCGGGCGCGUACCAGCUCCUGGCCCCGUAAACACCCGCGGGCGGGACGGCUGGGGCUGGAGGCGGGGGCAGGAAGCUAGCGGCAGCCCGGGCCAGCCGGCGCGGCCCCGUGACGUCGCUCCGCUCGCAGGGAUCUCUCCCCGGGGCCCGCGGGUCCCCUCCUCCCCGCCUCCUCCCGCCCUCCUCCCCGCGCCUCGCCUCCGCGCAGCGGCCGGCAUUUCUCCUCGCAGCUCGCUGCCUCCUCUGUCCCUGCCUCCCUCUCCCCCCCUCUGUCUUUCUCCCUUCCUUCCCUCUCCGACCCUCUUCCUCUCCCUCCUGAUCCUUUCCCUCCUCCUAUUUCUCCAUUGUCUCCCCGUUCUACAUCGUCCCCCCAC